AUGAGCUUAAUAAAAUAUUCAUGUAAUUAUAGUUUAUUUAAACAUGUAUUACAAAAUAAUACGAUUCAAAAGAAUUCUACUAGAUUCCUGCAGACGAGUUCUGUGUGUUUAAAAAACCAAGCUGGCCGAUACAGAAUUACACCAAAAGGGGACUUUCCUCUAACUUAUGAAAUGGCAAAUCCUCCUCACCGAAUAGCCCACAGGAAGGCGUGGAAUUCAUGGAAUACAUCAAAUUUGGACGGAGGUGUUCGGUCUGCAGAGACAGCAGUAGAAGACAUGUUCAUAAGAAAAUUUGUAACAGGCACCUGGCACAAUCUCUUCGCUUCUGAAGUUAUUAUCAAGCGACAACACAAUAUAAUUAGAAUAGCUGGUAUAAUUACGAGGGGGUUAAGCCCCAGAAAAAUGUACUUCCUAAUUGGUUACACGGAAGAAUUGCUUGGCUUUUGGUUGCAGUGUCCUGUGAAAAUGGAACUACAAACUAUAGCUGAUAGGAAAGAUAUUGUUUUCAAGUAUAUCUAG